CAGUAGGGGCCACGGGCAGGGCAGGGAGGGGCGAGCAGAGGCGGGUGGGGCCUCCCGGACAGUGGCCGCUAUAAAGCUCCCAGCCAGGCUCGCUCUUGACCGCUGCUCCUUCUUGCCUCAGCGCUGUCCUGUCCGCUCCGAGCCCCGCCCUCAGCCAUGGAACAGCCCCUGGACCAGGCCAUCGGCCUCCUGGUGAGCAUCUUCCAUAAGUAUUCUGGCAAGGAGGGUGACAAGAACACUCUGAGCAAGAAGGAGCUAAAGGAGCUGAUCCAGAAGGAGCUCACCAUUGGCUCUAGUGUGGAUGAUGAGGAGAUUGGGAACCUGAUGGACGACCUGGACCAGAACAAGGACCAGGUGGUGAACUUCCAGGAGUAUGUGACCUUCCUGGGGGCACUGGCCAUGAUCUACAAUGAGUUCCUCAAGGACUGAGCACGAUGGACUGUGAGGGGCCCAGUAGGGGAUGAUUAUACAAUAAAUAUGUAUUUUGGGUUAACUGUG